CUCCCUCUCCCUGCUCCCCGCGCUCCCAACCGCCCGCGCUCGCUGCCAGGCAGCGGCUGGGAUGGCGAGCAGCGGAGGCGAGGCGGUGACGAGAGCAGCGGGUCCGCCAUUGGACGAGGAGGCCUGAGGGACGGGCCAGCGGUGCACAAGGAGAGACCGAGGCGGGUGGCCCCGAGAGAGCCAAGGCCAUGGAGGCCAACAUGUCGAAGCGGAAGGAGCCCGGCAGGUCUCUCCGCAUCAAAGUCAUCUCCAUGGGCAACGCCGAAGUGGGGAAAAGCUGUAUUAUAAAGCGAUACUGUGAGAAAAGAUUCGUGUCUAAAUACCUGGCAACAAUUGGAAUUGACUAUGGAGUUACAAAGAGAACACACUUUGCCAGGUUAAUGACUAUGAGAUAUAUUCUUAUAACAUCACAAAAACUACAUUUUGUGUAUCUGUCCUUUUAUUUGAAGGUUCGAAAUGAGUUUUACAAGGACACACAGGGUGUGAUACUGGUCUAUGAUGUUGGGCAGAAAGACUCCUUUGAUGCCCUUGAUGCGUGGCUGGCAGAAAUGAAGCAAGAGCUUGGACCUCAUGGAAACAUGGAAAAUAUUAUAUUUGUAGUUUGUGCCAACAAGAUUGAUUGUACCAAACACCGCUGUGUAGAUGAAAGUGAAGGACGUCUUUGGGCUGAAAGCAAAGGGUUCCUGUACUUUGAAACUUCAGCACAAACUGGAGAAGGCAUUAAUGAGAUGUUCCAGACCUUUUAUGUAUCCAUAGUUGAUUUAUGUGAAAAUGGCGGGAAACGCCCUACCACAAAUAGCAGUGCUAGUUUCACCAAAGAACAAGCAGAUGCCAUUCGCAGAAUUCGAAAUAGUAAAGACAGUUGGGACAUGCUGGGAGUCAAACCUGGGGCGUCAAGGGAUGAAGUCAAUAAAGCGUAUCGGAAACUUGCUGUGCUGCUUCACCCUGACAAAUGUGUAGCACCCGGCAGUGAAGAUGCCUUCAAAGCAGUUGUGAAUGCUCGGACAGCCCUCCUGAAAAACAUCAAGUAGAAAGUAGAGAAAAAAGCCACGUGUGGGACUCAAAUGCAAACAGACUUUCCCUAGAGGUGAAAUAACCAACAUGGAGUUUUCCUUCCCAGAAUCUCACUGCUCUUUUCAUUCAUGUGUUGUCAUUUGUAUAUCAGUAAUUCAGGUGCCCAUUUCAUAGACAUUUUACUGAGAAAUGACCUGCAUUUGUAUGAAGUGAAGAGAACUGAGCGUCGCUUACUUCAUUUCAUAUUUCUAGAUAAUCUGAAUUUUUUUCUCAUUCGUCAGCUCUGUAAUUAUAGUAUCCCUUAGACAUUUCACUUGGGGAAAUCCACAAGGUUCCUGGAGGGAGGGAAGAGAGGACAAGAGGACCCUUUCACUUUUUGUUUUUUACUGAAUUCCUCAUCAGUGAAGAAAAUAACAAAAAUGGAAGCAAACAACAUCAGAAUCCCUGUAAGUUUGGUGUGACCUUACAGAGAAGUUGCUGCUUUUACGAUGAGUUCCUUAGGUGAUAUUUUAACCAUCGAUCUAUAAUGAUGACUCUUGGCAGCCCUUUGGGAGUUUGUAAAAUGAGGUGAUACAGUUCUGAAUUGAGCAAUCCUUUCUGAUAUUCACUCUGUUCCUCUUUUGCAGCCACCAGGGGGAGAGACAAGCCAGUCCUAAGAGAAAAGGUGGUGGUAGCCACAAAUUCUAGGUACACUAGCUGCUGCUCAUCCUGUCCCUGGAUCUGAGGCCUUUCCCUUGCCAUAGAAAUGGUUGCUGGUAGCAGUAGAGAGCAUUGUGCACCUGGGAAUGAGGAAUCAGACCCCAAGACAGAAGUACUUGCAGGAGCUAGGUGCAGUAGUAUCUGUCUGUAGUCCCAGCUACUCAGGAGGCUGAGACAGGAGGAUUGCUUGAGCCCAGGAGCUCAAGUCCCACCUGGGCAACAUAGUAACACCUUGUGUCUU